GUGUUUAACCUCUACAUUGCCACGCGGGGAAGGAAGACCGCUAUCUGUUCCUCCAUCGCUUCUUCUCCCCGUCUCUCUCUCUAACAAUGGACCAACAUCACAGAAAUGGAAGGAAUCUCAGCUGCCUUGUAAAAUAUUAUUCCAUUUGAUACUAAGCAGACAGAAAAGGCAUUAUGGGUGAAAUUGAAGAAGCCAUUUAAAGCUGCAAGGAGGUUUUUGAAAACACUCAGCCAUUCAUAUUUCAUUUUGCAAGGUCUGCUGUGAUGCUAUGGAUCCCUUGGUAGACAAUAUAAAACGUGAAGAAGGCAGUGGCGUGCCCUUGUGCUUGGUCACCCGCGAAAGCAGUGUGCCUCUACCUUCUCCAGCUGUCUCAGUUGUUAGGUUGCAUAUAUCCACCUGCUCAGAUACUCAGCGGCCCAUUCUGGAGGAGCAGCGAGACAGAAGAGGAUUGGAGCCAGUCACCGCCACUGUGAAUCCACAGUUUCGCUUUGGACAUCUGGAUCAGGAUGGGAACCCAAGCCAACCCAAAGAAGAAAUCAUUGAGAUAACUACAGAAAGGAACAACAAUACCCUCUCUCAAGCUCCUGAUGUGAAGGAGAGCCCUCAUUCUGAUCCCGCUCUGUGUCUCUGUGAUACCUGUGGCUGUCAGCAUGUGGCCAGUGGAAAAUGUGAGGCAUGUGGUGCAAUAUGUCACUUCAAAGAGAGCAGGUCCCUGGUCCUGGAGCCAUCACGAGGCUUUGGGAUGGGCAGCGAGACCUCAAUACCGGUCAAGAAAAGAAGGCCAAAAGAGUAUCUGAGCCCAGCUGAGUCAGAGGCCGAUCUAAUGGAGAAGCAGAAGGAGAAAAAGACUUCCAACGAUACAGAGGGGCCAUGUGUGAGGAGUUUGGAGCAGGAGACAUGGAGCCAAAAAGACAUACAAACUUCAGGUGAUGAAUUGGGAGAUUCUUGGUCUUGGUCUGCUUACCUAGAAGAGCAGAAGUGUGACGCGGCUCCUCUCAAUCUCUUUCGGGAGUGGCAACUCGGAGCACAGCACAAGAACGGCUUCAAGAUGGGGAUGAAGUUAGAGGGGAUUGAUCCUCAGCAUCCAUCCAUGUACUUUAUUCUAACUGUGGUUGAGGUGUGUGGAUUCCGGAUAAAGCUCCACUUCGAUGGGUAUUCUGACUGCCAUGACUUCUGGGUGAACGCGGACUCCCCUGACAUUCACUCUGCGGGCUGGUGUGAAAGGACGAGACACAAGCUGCAACCUCCGAAAGGGUACAAAGACGAAGACUUUAGUUGGACGCAUUAUCUGAGAAUGACAAAAGCCCAUGUGGCCCCAAAACAUUUAUUUGUAACUCCCAAAAUUGGGGCUCCCCCAUCGCUGUUCCGGGUGGGAAUGAAGCUGGAAGCCGUGGACAAGAUGAACCCCUCUCUUAUCUGUGUGGCCAGUGUCACUGAUGUGGUAGAAGAAAGAUUCCUUGUUCACUUUGACAACUGGGGUGACACCUAUGACUACUGGUGUGACCCCAGCAGUCCCUAUGUGCACCCCAUUGGCUGGUGUCAGGAGCAUGACAAGCCUCUUACUCCUCCUCAGGAUUAUCCAGAUCCAGAUACCUUCACAUGGGAAGAGUACCUGGCUGAGACCGGAACUACAGCAGUGCCUGCCCGAGCCUUCCAUACACGACCUCCACAUGGGUUCAAAGUGGACAUGAAACUGGAAGCUGUGGACAGAAGAAGUCCCUCUCUUAUCUGCGUGGCGUCAGUGGUGGAUGUGGAAGAGUGUAGGAUAAAGGUUCACUUUGACGGCUGGAGCCAUAUGUAUGACUUUUGGCUGGACGCUGACCACCCAGAUUUGCACCCUGUGGGUUGGUGCCACAGAACUGGACAUCCUUUGCAGACCCCUCUAAGGCACAGAGAUGCAGCCAACAUAUCACCAGGCUCAUGUGUGUCACUCAGCUGUAAGGGGAUUGCACACUCCAGAAGCAGCAAAUACAGUUUCCACCACAGAAAGUGCCCCACUCCGGGCUGUGAUGGUUCUGGUCAUGUGACUGGAAGGUUCACUGCUCAUCACUGUCUCUCUGGUUGUCCUUUGGCUGAUCGAAACCAGCAACUGACACGAAACAGAAACCCUAUUCCACUUCCACCUCGAAGGAAGUCCAGACACCAUGGAAGGAUCGGUCGUCCUCCAAAAUAUCGUCGAGUGCAACAGGACAGCUUUCAAGAUACAGUACACCAAUCGUUUUUCAUGUCGGCUCUGUCUGUACACCCUGAUCGAGCCCUCGCUCACUGCUGGGAGCAGCACUGCCGUCUUCUGCCAGGUGUUGCUGGUAUCAGUGCCAGCACUGUGUCUAAGUGGAGCACAGAAGAGGUGUUUAACUUUGUGCAGACACUUACAGGAUGUGAAGACCAAGCCAGGCUGUUCAAAGAUGAGAUGAUAGACGGACAAGCCCUCUUGUUGCUCACACAGACGGACAUUGUAAAGAUUUUGUGCAUUAAACUAGGGCCGGCUGUGAAAAUUUACAAUUCCAUUCUCAUGUUUAAGAACACGGAGGAGUCCGCAGACUGAGCCCCACCAACCGGGUCUAAAAGAUUAUGGUUUUAUGAAGCUGUCAAAUCCCCUUGAUCCCAUUACCCGGCUUUAAUGAAUGUCUCCAUUAUAAAAGAAUAUACAGUUUAGUGAGGUGUUCAAAUAAAUACCAUUAUGUUUGUUGGAAA